GAAACGGUCAUCGACUCUUUACAAUAGACCAGCGGCGCGAACUUGGGGCUGUGCGAAGAGAGCGGACGGGGUCGAGAGGGUUAGGGUUUGGGUUGUCGCAAGCUGUGAGGAGGAUCGCCGAGCACCGUCUCGUGUUUGAUCACUCGCGUCAUUACUUUGUGGAAAGUGCAAGUUUGUGUCUGAUGUGUAUAAACUUGUCAUGAUUGCUGCAAAGGACGCUGGUCAACCUCCGGGACCAAGACCGCGAAGCUGUGCCAUGCACCAGCACCCAAGGCUUUGCCGUCUCACCCAUGUCCACAGGUUACACACUCAUUGAUGCAACUGCAUAUCUCGGACAACAAGUCAUGUCUGCUCGUAACAAACGAGUGGUGACUGCGUGUAUACCCUGCCAUAAUCGCAAACAGAAGUGCAAUCGUCGAUUUCCUUGCCACCAUUGCACCCAUCGUCGACGGGCGGAAGAAAGUGCAUAUCAUGCGGUUCCGGCGUCACGUUUGGCGUCAACGGUUUUGAAUCGCGAUGUUCAUCAAGCAGAGCCACCAGCGACAGAGACCCGCGAGGUCGGUUUGCGACCGUCACUCGUUGAGUCGUCCGGAUGGGCAAGGGAGAGCAGCUCGAACACUAUGGCGCUUCUCAAGACGGUGAGCGUGAUUGAUCGCAAAUUGCAAAGUACCAUAGCUGAAGAAAUGGAUCCUAUAGUGGCAAUCGAACGGCGCUCCUGAGUUAGCACUGAGCGACGGGACUACAUUGCCGUGUAUCACCGAAUCUGUGGAAUGGAAUCUUGCUCGGAUUCCGGAGCGUCGAUAU